GACCCGCUGAGGUCGAAGCAAUGAGACUUGUCUCCAAGCACACCUCUGUCCCCGUGCCUGAAGUGUUCUCCGCGAAAUUCGGUCCUGACUUUGGAAUCAUCGAGAUGGCCCUCAUUACGGGGUCUCCUCUAGACGAGAAGUGGGAUACGAUGGACGAGAAGAGCAAAGAAUCCGUUUGUCUUCAAACAUGGGAUCUAAUCUCCCAGAUACGCGCUAUCCCACGUCCAUCAGAGCUCGAAGAUCUUUUCCAAUGCGCGGCCGAUGGCUCCCCAACAAGGGAUCCAAUGCUGGAGGAUCUAGAAGAUCCAGCCAGACCCUUGACAAGUGACUCAGAUGUGCGGGCUCGCAUUGUCGAGCGCUAUGCUCAAUGUGGGGGCCGUCGAUACGAACAUCAGUUACAUGAUAUGCUGCCGCGGUCUGACUGUACAGUAUUCACGCACGCCGAUAUUGCACCUCGCAAUAUUAUGAUUGAUGAGCGGAACAACGUCACGGGCGUCCUCGACUGGGAAUUUGCGGGGUGGUAUCCGGAUUAUUGGGAGUAUGCGCAGAUUCUGAGACCUGCUUUCUGGGGUGACUGGUCGGUGUGGAUGAAUUGGACUGCGCCGCGGAGGUGGGAUAUUAG